AUGAGCGGAGUGGCUGAGAUGGAGGAGGAGCUCAAAGCAAACCUGACGUCUAACAUGCGGCGCGUGCUAUUCCGACUUCAAGAAGAGGGUAGUUUAGGGGCAUUCGGAAUCAAUGACGUCGAGUCGAUCGCGAAGGAUUUUGAAGGAAAGCUGGGAGGGGCCAACAACCCCGAGGAGAUGAUGGCGAAACUAGACGACUACAUCAAAGACUUGGAAAGACAGCUUGACGCAGCGGGAUUUGACGUCAGCCAGUUCGAUGAUUCGAACCCUGUAGCGACCAUGGAUGUCAUCGAGGCCACGGCUCGCGAGGACCCCUCGAAACGAAAGAAGCACCCCCCGAUUCCGCAGAUCCCCGAGAAUGUAUGGAGCUUCAACCAGCGAAAGCGUAUCACACGACUGAACACCCUCCUCUCACGAACGACCAAGGAAAUAAGAAGAGGUGAGGGUGUCCAUGCGAAAAAUAUCCAACCGGUGUGGAAGGCGUACAGUGCAGCGCGGCAAUCUCUAGCAAAGGCAUGGGCGCAUGUUCCUCCAGAGGUGUGGAACCUUCUCUGGGAGAUACUGUCAGUGAACAAGGAACAUAAUCCUAGCCGGCUCACUUAUGUGUCGCUGCUGGCAAGGGACAUGAGUGAGGCGAAGGUAGCCCUGAGCCCACCACAGCAGCUGGUGACUGUGGAAGCCAUGUUUCUAGACGGGUGGGAGGCCAAGGCCAUCGACAACUGGAAGCGAUGUAUAUCGACCCUCGGUGACAACGGUGCCGAGACAUUCCAGGACUUCUGGGAGCUUGGAGCACGUAUGUUUUGCCAACAGGGGGAUCUGGCUCAAGCAGAGCGUGCGGUUAACAAGUUGCUGGAGCGUCAACUUGACCCACGCAUCUUGAUGCCUUACAUCAGGAGCUGCGCGGCAAAUCCUACGAACGAAGCGAGAACGAAGGCAUGGGACGCGUACCGGCGUAUGAGAGACCUCCUCGGCACAUCCAUGGGGCUCGAGGACUACGACCAAGUCAUUUCCUUCUUUUUGACGACAAGCCAAACGGAGCCGGCACUGCAAGCAUUUGUCGACAUGAUGAGCUCCGGGACAGUGGAGCUGAAGGGACGCCAACGCUUGCCAUCCCACAUUGGCAAUAAGUUUUUCUUUGGCAAGUGGCUGAAGCGACUCAUUGGUGCCGGCGACCUAGAUGGAGCGUAUAGCGUUUUCAACUUCAUGCGCUCCAAGGGUGUCGAGGCAGCCGCUAUCCAGGUGAAUGGGCUCAUCGGCGCUUGGCAGAGGUCCGGUGGCGCUGAUGAUGUGGAAAAGGCGGACAAGCUGGCAUGGGACAUGAUCAACGCCCGCAUCGAGUUUGUCCGCAACCGUCGUCGGUUGUCCUCCAUGGAAGGGCCGGUUCGCAUCGUCGAAGUCUCCAAGAUUAGCAAGCUUGGCUCAAUACCGAAGGCCACGCUCGAGACGUUCUCUCUGCUUGCCGAAAACUACCGUGUUCGACGCUUACAAGGCGAGAUGGACAAGCUCUGGGACGCCUUUAGAGAAGCAGAGAUCAGCCCAGACGCGUUCAUGAUGAACCAGCUGAUGGAGUCAUACUCUCAGAAUGGCAACGUCUCCGAGGCACGAGAGCUCUACCGAACGCUGGUAUACGAGCGCCAGGUAAAGCCGGACCCGUACACGUUUAUGGCGUUGUGGAAGAUGCUGGGCGCGAACAGGCUGCACAACGUCACUGGCGAGGAGCUCGCCAACGAAGUCAGGCUUACGCGCGAGGCCUUUGCGGAAAUGGUCCGUUUCUCGUCCGUCUUCGAGGCCGACGGCCUCGACGGCCAGCUCGCGCGGAAGAUUCUGCACACGUUCCGCCGGCUCAAGGACAACCUAGGCAUCGUCACCGCGCUGCAGGCUUUCAAAGACGUCUUCAAAUUCACGCCCCCCGAGGUGCUGGCCCUCGAGAUGCUGCUCGAGACCACCAGUCUCGCGUGGGAGACCGCUCAGGCGAGACAGAAACUCCGUCUCGUGAAGCGGAGGAUCGACGCUCACAUCGAGAAUCGGCAGAAACUACUCGGUCGGUCGACGACGCUGGAUGAGAUGACGCCCAAGCAGCGCGGCGACGAGCUCUCGCAUUACAUGCAGACGGUGUACAUGGAGGAAGUUGGCCCUGUCCCACAGAGCCACAUGACAGAGGUGGCUAAAGAAAUGGGCGUGUACGAUGUAUUGGCGGGAAAGGCCUAG